UGCGCUGCUGCCCGUGUGCAUGUGGCGUGAGACUGUUGAGAGAGGCGGAGGAGUCCAGCGGUGCAGGUGUCUGUGUGUCCACAUGUGACUGCUGCUCCAGCUGUGCUGCUGCUCCAGCUGUGCUGCCGCUCCAGAUGCGCACACACUUCAGGGUGUGACAGGAACACACAGCCUGUCUGCUCCGUGCGUUGUUUUCCGGACUCCUGUGACUCCUCUCGCUGAUGUGCGUCUGGAUGUUUUCUUCCCUCGCUGGUUUGUUUGUGUUCUGAGCCAGAUGUUCUGGAGGCUGCGGACAUCCAGCGGCUUUUCUUCUUCUCCUCUUUGUGCUGGUGCAGCUGCUGGUCGGGGCGCUGAAGUUGAACUCCCGCUCCUGAAGGCGUGAGCUCCAAAUGCAUUCGCUCCUGGGCCGGGAGAAGAAAGAAGAAGAAGCCGGGUUCGGGAUCGAUCGGUCGGGUCUGUCUCCGGGCUUUGCGCCCCACGCCGCCACCAUGUUCAGCUGCGUGGGCUGUUUCUGGGUGCUCCUCUCCUCCGCUCUGGUCGCCGUGUGCAGCUUCAGCUUCAUAUCUCCUGCGUGGAUAGUCAAGGACCAGCUGAGGAGCAGCCUCCACCAGCAGCAUCAGCACCACAGCCAGGACUCCGUGAGCUUCGGCUUGUUGUGGCACUGCUCCGAGUCCCUGGAUCACAUGUACCGGUGCUACACCUUCGGGGGACUGGGCAAAUUCGCAGAGAUCCCCUCCAGCUCCUGGCAGACCAGUGCAGUGCUGUGUUCAGGCGGCUGUGCUCUGCUGGCUGUCAGCUCCCUGUUGGCCAUCAUCACCAUCUUCCUGCCCAGUGGAGGAUGUGAGAGGAGGAUCUGCACCCUGGCGGGUUACAUGCAGAUGGCUGCAGUGUUCAUCAUGGCUGCCGGAUUGCUGGUCUACCCCUUCGGCCUGAACUCUUCUCUGGUCAGGUCCUUCUGCGGGGACUCCGACAUCUACUACGCCGGCGAGUGCCAGAUCGGCUGGGGCUACAUGCUGGCGAUUGUCGGUGUCAUGCUCACCGUCUUCUUGCCCUUUUUUGCCAAAUACGCACCGAAGGAGCAGCUGUCCCCCACCCCUUUGCCCACGCUGUUAUAGUGCAUUGGAAUGAAGUCUUGUGCUUUCUUUUUUCCCUCCUGACCACACUCUGACCUGGACGUGAUGUCAUGGAGAGACACCUGCAUCAUCCAUUUUUAAUGCUGCAUAUUGAUGCUGUUUGGGAAGCCCUACUCAGUGAAGCAACAAACACUGUCUUCCUCCAUCAUAUGUAAUGGAUUUAAAUUCAUGUUACUUUAAAUGGAAUGUUUUAUGUUACGAUAAAACUCUGUGGUUAUUAUUUUUAUCCUGCAGUCUGCCACAAGGUUUCUACAGUUUGACUUGUUUGUUUUUCUUCGUGUCAGAGGAUGCAAAGAGUAAUAACCCAAUUUCAAGCAAUUUAAGAAAAUGUCCUCAAGUACCUGCUUAAAAUGUGUGUUUUUUUCCUUUCGCUCUGUUGUGGAAACAAGUCAACAUUCAGUACAACACAUUCCAAAACAGACUGGAAGUAAGGACGGGACUCAGAUGAGAUUUUGUGGCUCGACUCGAACAAUCAAGUAACGUUUCAGCGCGAGGUUGUGACUCCAAGAGAGAGACACUUUUUAUUGGUCGAAAUGCAUCUGUGCAUUUGGACUGUACAUAUGGUGUUUUGGACUGUAUAUAUAUAUUAACAGAGCUAAUGUUUGAGAUUUCAAAAUAUUGAUUGAUUGAAAAGUGAACUCCGACACUGGGAUUUUUGCUCUUCAGACUUUUCCAGUGUUUGUCAAGAAGACGUUCUGACUUUCAGCGACUGUCGUAAAGAAAAGGACAGUAAACACAGCACCAGACCUGCCGAGAGGACAAGUCAAAACAUCUGCUCGUAAAAGCAAAGUGAAUAAUGAUUAACGUGGAGUGGUUCCAGAGCAGUGUUGUCAAAAACAUUUAUGUUGUGAUAUGACAUCUUUUUGUUAACCUUCUCCCCAGAUUUGUUUGUGUGAUGUGACUUGCUUGUUUAACAUGAACAACUUUUUGCCUGCAACACACUACAAUACUUAACACUAAUUCAGGAAAAAAACAAAAGAUUGCAAAAGGCAGGGAGCUGUAGGAAUUUCAUCAGAAAUGCAUGAUAAAGAUGGGCUUUGUUAAUGGUAGAACAAUUGAUCUAGAUUUUAAAUGUGAUCUGACCAACUUGUGCCUUUUAACAUAACCAAGACAAGUGUUUAAUACAGUUAUCAGGUUUUCAUCUUUUUCUGCAGAAAAACUGUGGAUCCUGUUAUGUGAAGUGAUUGAAUGUCUUUCUUUUUCCUCUUAUAAUUUUUCCUCUCAGAGGUGAAGUGUUUCUCGUGUACUUGAUGCAGUAUGAUCUCAUUAACUUGAGAAAAAUGCUCUGGCGGAGAGGGAAGAGAUGUCUUUUAAUCCUUGGAGGUAAUGACAGAGAAGGAAAAAAAAAAAGGAAAACAGUGCACUUGGAUUCAAAUUAUGCCCUGAGAUAUUUUUUUCCAAUUAUCUAAAAGCGUUAUUUCACUUGAAUCGCUUUAUUAAAAGGUUGUGACAUGCAGCUAACAGAUUAAUUCCUGGCAUCCUUGUCUUAUGUGAUUUAGAAUUGGAAGUGUUGGAGGAAGUGGCUGUACAAAUUGAGCAUCGCCUGUUGUCAUCUGUGCUGAGCUGACACAUUACUCACAUCAUGUGUAAAACGUGGCUUAAAAUAAUUAACUCCUCAUGUAAGCAAAAUGUGUUGGUGUGUUUGUUUGUCAACCCACGUCUCCUUUUGAGCGCUGGCACCGUUGCUGUCAUGUUCUGAGGACAAUUUGUCCACAUCACUUACUGUCCCUGUACACUGCCAAUUUAAUUAAGCUGGACUCCCUUUUCUAGUGUGUGUUUAUGUGCGUAUUUGUGUUUUAAUAAUGGUUUGGAGUCUGCCAAUGGGUACAAUUUUAAAUAUUCCAAACAUUUGGGUUUCCCAUAAUCAUAUCCUGAAAUUCAGAAAAUGACUGUGAUUCUGUUGCCAUAUUUGAAAGGGCAGGAGAGAAAUUUUGGUAUUUUAUUGGACCUCAUACUGUGCUCAGCUGUGGGAAUGAUUGGCGUGACUGCACUGGACUUGUUCCCUUUAUUCGUUGGACCAUUG